AGGCCUCUUGUUUUCAGUUUUCUGUAAAUAGAGAGCUCCUCAGAUCGGAUCGGAGAAUGGAAGGAAGUUUAUUAAUAAAGAAGAUGAGCAGCACCACCUCGCCCAGUAAAAAACAGAGAGACCUUUUCCAUGUCGUUCAUAAGGUUCCUUACGGUGAUUCUCCAUAUGUCAGAGCCAAACAUGCCCAGCUAGUUGAGAAGGACCCGGAAGCUGCAAUAGUGUUGUUUUGGAAGGCAAUAAAUGCAGGAGAUAGAGUAGAGAGUGCGUUGAAGGACAUGGCAGUGGUGAUGAAACAAGUGGACAGAAGUGAGGAAGCCAUUGAAGCCAUCAAGUCCUUUAGAGGUCGCUGCCCAAAGAGCGCCCAAGAAUCACUCGAUAACGUUCUUAUUGACUUGUACAAGAAAUGCGGUAGAAUAGAGGAGCAAGUAGAGCUGCUAAAGAGGAAGUUACGAAUGAUAUACCAAGGUGAAGCCUUCAAUGGAAAACCCACCAAGACUGCUCGCUCUCAUGGCAAGAAGUUCCAGGUCUCUGUCCAGCAAGAAACCUCAAGAUUGCUGGGAAACCUGGGUUGGGCGUACAUGCAGCAAAAAAACUACAUGGCAGCAGAAGUGGUAUACAGAAAAGCUCAGAUGAUAGAGGCAGACGCCAACAAAGCUUGCAACUUGGGAUUUUGUCUGAUUAAACAAGGUCGGUACAGAGAGGCACGUUGUGUUAUUGAAGAAGUGGUGGAAGGCAGAGUUGCAGGAUCAGAUGAUUACAGAACAAAGCAACGAGCAGAAGAAUUGGUGAUGGAAGCAAUAAGAGAAGAGGAUAAUUCAGAGCUUGUGGCGCUUGAGGAUGAAUUUGUAAAAUGGGCUCCCUUUAGGUCCAGAAGACUUCCAAUUUUUGAGGAGAUCUCUUCCUUAAGAAAUCAGUUGGUCUGUUAAUUACUAUUUUCUUUUUGUCUGUGUGAUUAUGUAACAAUAUGUAGAUGUAUAGAGAUAAAGAUUAGGAAAUGGGAGAAGCUAGCAAAGUAAUUGGUUGAAUGGGAACCAACCUUCAUUGGUUCCAUUCUUCAAUUAGGAAAUGAGGAAGCAAGUAAUGCUUGUAUUUUGUGUGACUAAAAGUGUGUCAAGUAAUCAUCUUAAAUUAAAAAA